UAAAAGUGAUCUUGGAGACAUUGCAGUUUCUUAAGUUGUAUUGAACUACACGAUGCUGGUGACAAUUAUCCUCGUCGUCGGUUUCACUGAGUGCCAAGCUGCGUUUCUGAUGUGUCUUCAUCCGCGGACAGGUUUAGGCUGGUACAACAACGAGACAUCAAUGUGCGCAAAAGGUAUAGUUGUACCAAAAACGACAACGAAUCCAACGACAACCCUUCUUUCGUCGACAACCGCCACACCUCAACCAAGCAACGCAAUUAUCAAGCCACUUGAUAAGUGGCAGUUCAGUGGUGCUAGCACGUUACCAAUGAUGCCGGCUCAUCGAGGUCACCAGCUGCCGCAUCCGGUACUGACAAGUCUGCCUAACGUGCCAUCACAGUCUGUAUUCCAGCCGCUGCAAGUGAUUGCGCAAAAUAUCCUGAUGCCCUCGAGUCACGGCACGUCGGCUAGUACGCCCCUUCUUGAUGAAACACCGUUUGGCGGGCUGACCGACGAAUUCGAGAGGUUCCUUGAAGAGCCGUUUCGAGGGACGAAGCGGACGACGCCGUCGGACGAAUGCACGGGGAUACCUCCGCUGAAAGUUUGUAAAAUGACGGACUCUAUAUCAACUCAGACCGAACUCACAGAAGAGGUAUGCAGCAGUUUAGACAAUGGAUUCAGGAAGUUGCGACAGGCGGUCGAUGAAAAUACCAAGGUCCUCAUGUGCACGCAGCGCCUGAUGAGGAUACUGGUCGAGGAACUAUCGGCUAUAAAGAGGCUCGUACCGAUUGACAAAGACGAUUAGCGAUCUCAAUCCGGUGGAAACCUCAUUCCGGUGAUUUUUGUUUAAAUUAAGAAGAAGAAUUGUGAUGACGUCUCGUGUAUGCCAUCCGUUAAGUUAUUUGACUGUUAAUACUACGAUUAAAAAUAAAUACAAACACAUUAACAAUGAGGACAAAAAUAUGUAUUAAUACAAUUCAAUUAUUACGUCAAUUAAACUAUUCCACAUUUAUCCAUAUUCCAUACAUUUUAACAAUAUAGUGGUCCCCUUAUAAAAUUUCGCAUAAAUGUCAAAGUUAAGAAACGACUGAACUUGUGUGAACCCGGAAUAUAUAUUGCUAAACGCAAUUGAGAACUCUCCAUUUGGUGUAACAUCACCGGAACUAAAUUGUUAACGCUAUUGUAGGGUUAAU